ACAAAGUACGCGUGCCUCAUACCAGGUACAGCACUUCCAGGCACAAAACAUGGCCUUUGCCGGUAACCUGCGGCCUAGUAACCGUUUGGCCGCGACCCCCCGAAACCUAUCGCCUGAUGUCCUCACACAGCCUUGUGCCGCACUAAUGACUGAUCUGCCAAGAUCAAUAAGGCUGCCACUGUAGUCCGUACCCCAUAGACAUCAUCGACUUGACAUCUGAGUCCACACCCACGUAUUCUCCCCGCGACGAGCUCGUGAACAACCAUAUCGUUCAUUCCCUCGUUUCGACCGUCAAUAUGGAUCAAUCUCAAACGAAGGCUCUAGCAUCCCUUCAGCCCUUUGUCCAUCUCGCAAACACCACAAAGAGCCCAUCCUCACGCUUCGUCGCUGAAUUGAUCAAAUCUGCCAUAUCCGCUCCAGGAACAUACGUCUUCACCGAGCUCCUCCAGACAACAGCUUGCCAGAGUCUUCGAGGCACCGACUUGGAAUCAUGGCUGACCCUUCUCGAGAUCUUCAGCUGGGGCACUUACGAAGAAUACAAAGCGACACCAAACUUGCCAUCUCUCGAUGACUCUCAAAUCUUCAAACUCCGUCAACUCAGCCUCCUCACGCUCUCUUCGCCUUUUGCACCAAGCAGCACGACGACGACGAACACCCUCACCUACCAAUCCCUGCUCCAAUCCCUCGUCCUGCCCGACACCGCCAGCCUAGAGUCGCUCGUGACGCAGUCCAUCUACGCAGGCCUUCUCACGGCACGGCUCUCCCCGACGUCCAACCCACCGUCAGUCAACGUCACGUCCGUCGCGCCACUGCGAGACUUGCGGCCUCAAUCCCUGCCUGCGCUCCUCCAGAUCCUGCAAGUCUGGGAAUCCCGCUGCACAUCCAUGAUCGGCGAAUUGGACACCCAAAUCACUUCUAUGCGGAACGAGGCGAUCCAGCGCCACACCAUCGAGCGGAGGAGACAGGCCGCCGUUGACGCCGCGGUCUUGUCUACGAAACCCGCCAUUGCCAACAUCAACCACGCACAGCUUCGUGCCGCAGGGCGGCUACCCAGCAAACGAGACCUCGACGCUCAGAUGGAAGGAGAGGGCGACGACGUCAGCGACGACGACGGACAGAUGGACCUCGACGAAGGCAUUGGCGACGUUAGCAGCGGCACCAGCUCUCGGGGAGGGCACGGCGGAGGAAGCUCUAGAGGAGCAAAGAGAAAUCGAGGUCGCGGUCAAAAAUGGGAGACUGGAUGAAAAAGAAUGAUGUUGACCUGCGUUGUACUCCAUAUGAUGACCAGAGGAUCAUGAACACACGAGGCAUGACAACAAAAACACCACCGUGCAAGAUCCACCUUUGACGAACAUGAAUUAUCUUUUUGAUAAAGCAUCAACCCCGCCCAUAGAGACGAAUUUAUGACAUGACGAUUCUUUUAUCCUCGAGGUCAGGGCGCUUUUUUCCCUCUCGUGUUCAUCAUGCCGACUUCCUUCCAAUGGAGUGAGAUAAUUGCAUUCACGAGACCGAGGACAUCUCAUCCACCACAAGCUGACAAACAAGGAGGCCAGACUCAGGGUAUGGGCAACGCCUCUGGGUAGACGGUUUUUCUUUCCAAAUAAUAAUGCCCAUAGAGACAGAUGUUGUUAUGGCAAAAGUUCCUAGAAUCUCCUGUUGUUUGGUGAAUCAUUGAUCUGGUAUGAGGUAGUUUUGAGCAUCGUUCCAGCUUGCUCGUGGAUCAGAAGCUAAAGAAGUAUAAAAGCAGAUAUGUAUUCAAGCUCCAAUUCACCCUCAUCAAACCGAAA